CCAUGUCAAUCAGUGUGUUUAGCUGGACGUACGGGGUGAUUGUUGCCGUGUGAAACCCCGACUCCUGCAGCCCAGCGCCCCGCUUCGGCGGCCGGUUUGUGCGGACGCUGACCGGCGUCGGACGCGAGGGGCGGGGGCUGAUGCCGGGCUGAUGACGCGGGGUACAGGGCCGUGAGUCAGCAGCUGUACGGACCGCCGCUGUAGGCGCGCAGAAGCGCCCUUCGCUUUGCCGAACGCAGACUCGGCUACCCGCUUUCCGCACGGUGAACAUGGCGCUCCCCGCAUCCCCGGAUCUGCAGCUGAGCACAGCGGCACAGAGCGGCUCGGUCAGCGGCGGCGAGCGCGACCUGCGCCUCGAAGAUAAGGAGUGGAAGGAGAUAACGCGAAGGGGGGACGACGGCACCUCCCUGCCCCUGCAUUCACCGUGGACCUUUUGGAUUGACAGGUCAUUACCAGGAACGACAGCAGCGGAGUGUGAAUCGAACCUCAAGAAAAUCUACACUGUUCAAACCAUUCAGUGUUUCUGGAGUGUUUACAACAACAUCCCCGUAGUGUCCGCCUUACCUCUGAGGUGCAGCUACCACUUAAUGAGAGGGGAGAGGAGGCCUCUGUGGGAGGAUGAAAGUAAUGCCAAGGGUGGAGUAUGGAAGAUGAAAGUACCCAAAGAAAGCACUUGUGCGGUUUGGAAAGAAUUGCUGCUGGCUACUAUUGGAGAGCAGUUUACGGAUUAUUGUGCUUCAGAAGAUGAAGUUGUUGGUGUGAGUGUCAGUGUGCGGGACCGGGAGGACGUGGUUCAGGUCUGGAACGGGAACUCUGCCUACGCCAGUGAAGCAAAUAUCCUUGGGAAAAUUUAUGAGCUCCUCCCACAAAUAUCUUUCAAAGCAGUAUUUUAUAAGCCUCAUGUGGAGCACCGUGCCUUUGAAGGAGGUCGACCCCGACAUUGAGGUCCAUUCUGGCCCUCAGCAUGAGGCAUUGGACAGGGAAGGAAAACAACUCCCUCACCGGAGCACUACUCUGCAUCAUCUGGAACCUCACCAGCCGUCUUAAAUGGGCCUGUCCGCCCGCACCUCUGCCAGUAGAUAUCUGCGUGUUUGGCACGGAUGUUAGAUCCCUUUUACGGUGUAUUUCUAGUCUAGGUGCUUGUGCGGCAGGCGUUGCGGGAGGACACCUGAAAAUGGAACAGUGCUAGUAAUCGUAUACAGAGGUGUACUGUGCGUUUGCAGUGGAAUGAAGUGGACCGGUGCCUGGCAUGACUUGUGCUGCGACGUUGCAUCCAGUCAGAGGGUGCAGGAUGAAUAAGCCAACUUCACAUUUUGGUGCUGCUCUCUGGAUGCCACACUGGAGAAAGGGAAAAAAAAUGAAGAAAAAAAAAAAAACAGCUGUUCUUCUCAUGGCUGUGAAAUGGAGAUUGGAUACUGUACACAAAUCUGCCCCCCCUCAAUGUAUUUCUGUCUGUCUGUCUUAUUGAUGAGGAACCAGCGCUGCCUCUUUGUUUUGAUAUAUGGCAUCUGUGUUUGGUGCCAAAUGAUUGUUCACCUUCACAGUGGUGACUCCCAUCUCUACUAUUGUUGAAAAGUGUCAUGAAAUCUUGUUUAGAGGUUUUUUUUUCCAGUGUUGUCACUGGAAAUUACUGCCACGUUUGCCACUUUUAUUCUGAUUUUGUUUUUACGGUAGAUGUACCAUGUCCUUAUUCUUAUUGUAUCACUGAUUGAUUCUGGAAAGAGAACUGAUGUUUCAUUUUAAAAAUUAUUUACAUCACUGUCUAAUGAUACUUUUUAUAGCAUUAGUUUUGCAUUUCAGGCUUUUUUUUUUUUUUUUUAAAGGUUAUUGUCUAAACAGAAAAUGUCAUUCAUUGUAAUUUCAGUCGAGUUAUGCUUUUCUUUAAAUUCUGGAUGUAGAAAUGCAUGUUACACCCUGUGUCAUGCUAUUAUUAUGCAUAACGUGAAUUAUCCGAUAUUCCAAAAAUGAAUGAGUAGAUACUAGUGAAAAUUGCACGAAAUUGGUAUUAGUUAUGUAUAAAUGUGGUCAAAAUCAUGCCACGUGUUAUGCAAUAUUUGGAGAGAGAUUCAUGAUUUACCAAAAUAUGCACUUUUUCCACUGUGCCACGCUAUUAUGCAAACCUAUGUAAUUGCAACAAUAGUUUUAUCAAGGUGAUUUCUACAGAAACACAGGAUUUUUUUUUAUCGUUAUUUAGAACAGACAGUAAAGGUGUUGAGAAAAUUCUUACAUAACAAUCUUCCGCAUUGAAGAGCUUAUUUACUCAUGAGCAGUUAUGAUCAAAAAUGAGUCUUUGCUCCACUGAAUUGGUUAGAUUCUGCAUUUCUGAGGGUAGAUCCCUUCUUGCUGAUGUUGAACUAGCACCCUACAGUUCAUCUUUUGAAGGAAGCUGAUGUUCCGAGGAAUAAUUUUGUUGCUUGAUAACGCUCCAUAGGUUUUCAAUGGGAUUCAAAUUGAGCAAAGAUGCUGGCUGUUCCAUCAGAUGAGUGUUUUUGAAGCCCAGUUUCAUCAAGCGCUCUUCUGUCUUCCUUGGCAGCAUGUGAUAGAGCAUUGUCAUGCAUGAGUAUCAUUUUCCUUCUUAAUGCCUCGGCGCACUGGUUUCUCAGAAAUUCAAUAUAAGCAGCAGCAGUCAAAUUUACACCUUCGGGAACUUGCCAAUUACCAGUUAGUGUACUACCAAUUAUUCCAGUGCAAGACCUCAACCUCCUUGCUGGCAUCUGUGUGAGAAGAUUAGGACUGUCAUAUCUGACCCAGCCCUGGCUCCAUCCAUCAGGUCCAUCAGUGAACAUUACAGCUUGGAUAGUUUUUGAGGCCAUUCCACAUACUUAACUUUCUGACUGCCCUUUCUUGGAGGUGAAAAAUCUGUCUUCAACUAUUAGCCAUGGUGGUGGAAUGUCCUACGUUUUUUUUGUUUGUCUUGAUACAUUGGUGGCACCAGCCUGGUCAAAUGUCUUUGCAUUUGGCUAAAGGCUUUUUCGUCAGCACUUGUUUAAUGAGAAAGAGUUUGUCUUGUGAAACAUAUUUCGUUUUUUCCUUAUGAUCUUUUCCUAACUACAUUCAGUUCUACUGUAUUUAUGGCACAAGUUUAUAAUUCGGUUACAUCUGUCUUACAUCCCCUAAAUUUAAUGUUUUAACCAAUUUGCACAACUUGCUUAGUAUACUUGCUUAGUAGUACUGUGGGGGGAAAAGUGCAAAGAUGACAGCAACUUUUGUACUCUGGUGCAGUAAUCAAUGAAAUUUUCACAUGAUGCAGCUCACUUUCAUUAAUGUGAAUAUGCGAAGGCAUUAUAACGAACUACAACAAAAUGUUUUGCAUACUAGCGUGGUACAUAGUGUAUAGAACAGAUAGCUUGAAAUUAGCAGAUUUCCGGUCUGGUGUCAUGUUGCUGUGCAGGGUGCUCCUCUCCUCAGCUGUCCCUAUUAGUUACACUUUGAUUAUUGACUUAUGUGAAAUAAGUUUGGCAUUUUUCUGAGUUUCUAUUUGGCAAAGUACAUUGUAUCUUUUGUUCAAGGUAUAAAAUAGAUAACCUCUGAAAACGUAUAUAAUCUAAACUGUAUUUCUUUACCAAAGAGGUGAUCUUUCCCCCCAAUGUUUUACAUAGCAUGGUAGCUCUACCAAGAACUCCACAGGUAAAACCACUGUAAACUUGUAACUGCCUAACUCUUUAUUAAACUCCCAGUCUGUUUUUUCAAAA